CUGAUUGAUAACCAGUGUUCUAAUGAGUCUCCGCCGUUUUGGUCGACUUGUCACGUUCUUGGGCAAAUGUGGUAGAGAUUAGAAACUGAAGUGCUGUCACCAGGAGAGAGAAAGGACCAGGAGACAAAAUGCCAUCACCUUUUUUGUCAAAACCAUUGGCUUCUAAAGAUAAACGAAAGGAUGAGUCCACCAAAAAGCAGGGGCCAUAUAAGAUCUUUUUCAAAGAUCUCUUUCUUUUCAAAGACACUGAAGCGGCAGAAAAGAAAAAGGAAAAACUCUUGAACCACAACAAGAAAAUCCACCAAAAGUCUACCUUUUCAUCACGAAUGAAGAGUCGUUCACACCUGAGCCAGAUAGCAAUCCGCACUGACACUGCUGCUGCCUCGUUUGAGAAAUUCAUGCUGGACCCUGCUCUUAUUCUCAGGUUACAAGAAGGUGCAGAUGUAAAAAGGAAUAUCCAUGAAUUUAUUAAUGACCAGAGACACAGGUUUCUGCUCGAGUACACUCUGUCGACCAAAAGGAGCGCAAUCACAAAGUUUGAGAAGUGCAUGGAGACGGAGGAGCAGCAGAUCCUAAAAGCAGAGACAAAGCUCCAGGACGACGCGAUCGCCUUUGAGGAGUUCCUGCGAGAGAACGACCAGCGAUCUGUAGAAGCCCUUAAAGUUGCAGCCCAAGAGACUGUGAACAAGCUCCACAUGACGGCGGAGCUGAAGAAAGCGAGCCUGGAGGUGCAGGCAGUGAAAAGUGAAAUAUCAAAAGCAGAAUUCCUUCUCAAAGAGUACAUGAAAUAUGGACUUUUUCUGCUGAAAUUGUCUCCGAAACAAUGGCAGAUCCAGCAAGCGCUGAAAAGGGUGCAGGUGUCAAAGAGUAAAGAAAAUUCGGAGGGCACUCUCCCCAAAAUAUUAACAACCUUUCUUCAGCACAUGUACCAGGCCACCACGCCCCCUGUAGGACACUGGAGCCGAUCUGCAAGCGUAAGUUCCGAAGACAGUUUAGAUGAUGAACUGGACUACGAGCUGGAGCCAGAGCUUUAUUUCAAAGAACCAGAAGAGUUGCUUCAAGUCCUCACAGAGCUGGAAGAGCAGAAUCUUACUCUGGUACAAUAUUCUCAAGAUGUAGAUGAAAAUCUUGAAGAUGUGAAUAAAAGAGAGAAACUUAUACAGGAUAAAAUAAAUAGCAACAUAGAGUUUCUUUUAGAGCACAAGGAAAUGCUUAAGGCUAACUGUCUGAGAGAAGAGGAAAAAGCAGCAGAACUGGAAUUAAGGUCCAGGCUUUUUAGUUUUGGAGAAUUUAAUUCAGAAGCCCAGGAAAAACUGAUAGACUCUCUUAGUAAAAAAAUUAAUCAAGUGUACAAUGUCUGCAUCGGAGAUGGUGAGGUUGGCAGCCUCAACCCAGUCCAAAAGCUAGUAAAGAUAGAGUCUCGCCUGGUGGAACUGAGUGACCUCAUUGAAACCAUUCCCAAAGAGAAUGUGGAAGCAAUUGAGAGGAUAAAACAGAAAGAACGACGGCAAAAGCUGCGUGAAGAGAAAAUGAAAGAAAAACAGAGACACCAGGAAGAAAGGCUACGAGCUGCUCUGGAAAGAGCAGUGGCGCAACCGAAGAAAAAGCUGGGAAGACGACUUGUCUAUCGUUCAAAACCUCCAUCUGGUAACAAACAAGAGCUGCUUUUAGUCCAGGCUACAAGAACAAGAUCCAUAGAGGACGAGUAUUUCUUCACUUGAAUAGGAGCAGUAAGACAGCAGCACGACGUUUAAGCACAUUGUACAGAUUUGGGUUCACAGUAAUGGCAACGUUCUGCACCAUACGCCGGCCUAACCAAUUUGAGGGAGACAUGCUGUUGUUCUAAAGGUUACAGGAUUGGAAAUGCAAGUUAUUUUCUUUGGUUGAAGGCUUUUAUUACCCAUGGCCUAAGUAUUAUUCUAAACAUUUUAUAUCUAUACUUUGAGCUGUCCCAGUUGGGGAUGAUACACAUCCAAAGUUACUUUAUUGGUGUAACUAUACGCUGAAUGGCCACUAAAUUGCAAUAGUGGCAUUCUCUGACAACACGAGACUUUAAAUGGUCUUUUUCCCCAACCAGUCCACAGGAAAGUUCACAGUAUACAUUUUAUCAUUGUGGGAUAUGUGGAGUAUACAUUUUAAUAAUGUACAACUCCAAAACAGGUUAAGGGUUUUGAGGAAUUUAAAAUGUAAAUGAAAGCCACUAGGUUAUGUUCUCAGAACAUAACUGUGAGAAUGGUUUUUAAUUCAUGUUAAGAAAUACUGUUCAGAAACUUAAUUCUCUUAAGUGAACCGACUGUGUCUUCAGCCUUCAUGGCAGUUCACAAUUUGUUGUGCUCUACAUUCAUAAUCAGUUUUUAGGUGAUGUUUCAUUUUAGCUGGUAUAUGUAUAUUAUUAAGCUUACACGUAAUUUGUCUACUAAAAUAAUAUAUAUGUUAAGUUUAGGAAAAUAUUUAACUUUAUACAUGUCAAAAAUGGCUCAAAACUAACUAAAAAAGUUGCUUUUAAAAGGUCUCAGUUAAUAUAUAAUUACAAGAAAAGGGCUGAAAUCCACCUUCAUAAACAUUUAUAAAGCAUAUAAAUAACUUUCCUUUACAGACAAAAAC